CAUUUGAUUAAUGUCAAUGUCAUAUCAUAUCAUCUGUCAGAUGAUAUCUUGCUCUGACUCUGCUGUGUUCUACGUUCACUGUUUUUAUUAUUUUAUUGAUCUCAUUCCGCAGCGCAUACUCUGAAAUUUAAAAGGCUUCUUGCUCCAGUUUCGUAAAAAAAAUUACCUAAGUAACAAUACAUAACUUGCAAUUAUUAGGUAGCAGCAAUGCUACCACGGCAAUAUUACAACGAGCAAGAUGUCCGUAAACGGCAAAUCGAUACUUUAAAAAUAUUCAAUGACAACGUGCAAGAAGUGACUGAAAAUACAGAAUACAAAGUAGAUUUCACAAUAAACGGGAAGAAUUUCAGCUUGAACGUGAUACUAGGGCCGGAUUUUCCUAAUGAGCAGCCAGUUAUAUUGGUAAAUCCUCCGGUAUCACAUCCAUGGGUGGCGGAGCACUCAAGUCAAGUGGUUGGGGCUCCAGGGCUGAUUCAGUUUACUGUGCAUUCGGAUUUGGGGAGAGUUGUGCAUGCUGUCAUUAGGGAGCUCCAAAAGGGAGUGCCAGUGGAAGAAGAGUCCUCACAGAGCAGCCCCUCGCACACAUCACACUCGCUCCUGUUCCCGGAGCUCGGAGAGCUGACCAUUGAGGAGCUGCAUGAGAUCCUGGAGAACCCGGACUUGCAGGACAAACUUCUAGAAACCACGCCCCAACUCCUGGCCCUAAACAUGGAGACGGAGGAGCUGAUGCUGGCCAUCGAGAGGAUAGCCCGGGACAACAUUGCGGAGCAGCAGAGACUUGAUGAAAUGAAGACUGAUGUCGUGGACCGGAUAUCCGCGCUGGUGCAGAUGAAAAUCAAUUAUGAAGAGCUUCAUACUAGACACCAGAAACUGUCAGAAGAGUACGACCCACACCGCAUCAGGGAUUGCCUAAAGGCUGCCGCUUUGAAGGCAGACGAGGAUGCUGAAGCCAUCGCUGAGCAGUUCCUACUAGGUAAGAUGCCAGUGGAGAGCUUCAUCUCCCAGUUCGCCGAGACGCGCGCCCGCGGGCAGGCGCGGCGCGCGCGCGAGGAGCGCCUCGCGCACCAGCUCGCGCAGCUGCACCGCGCCACCUAGGGCCGUGCACUAAAUAAUAAAUAAAAUAAAUAUAUCUUUAUUUCAGACCCAGAAGUCCAUAUAUGGUUAGUAAAAUUAACUUAAAACCUAUAUUAUUCACAAAGGUUAUACUAUGCCAAUCAGACCUAUUUGACAUAGGUCAAAGUAGAUCUGACCUGCUCCAUCCAAUGCCACAUUAUGGGGCAGCUAAAUCUGUCCGCAAUCACCUUCAGAAUGCUGUUUCGACUUUCCCUUACGCGACCCAUUAGCGACGUGAUUUUUUUACGCAUUAUCGCGUGAAAAUCGUCCGUGUGCGCUUGGGCGAACAUUCCUGAUGCACUGCACCAUUUUGGAAGUCUCAACAGCAUUCUGAAAGCGUUGUUGUAUUGAAUGCGAAGGGCGCUAGAGUAAAAAGACUGGCUAUAUGCUUUGAAUAGAGUUAUUUUUACUUCCACGGAGCAUCUAGCGAAUCUUCGAGCUAGCAUAUUACUCCUAACCGACAACGCCCUUCGCUCCCUCUCGAUAUCACUAUCAUCACACAGAUCAUUAGUUAUAAUGUGGCCCAAGUAUUUGAAGCGAUCCACUACUCUAAGUACAACCUCGCCAAGCGACACUGGAGGUACAAAAUAUGGUUUUAUUUUACCCGCCUUAAAGACCAUCACUUCACUCUUGGCGGCGUUGUAUACGAGUCCAUGUGCGGCUGCAUACUUCUCACACUUGGCCACUAACUGUCUAAGGGCCCCGAUAGACGGACUUAGCAGCACCAUGUCAUCUGCGUAGCUUAUAUUGUUAACACAAGUGUUUUCAAUAUAGCAUCCCGCAUGCAUGCUGCUAAGUUCGCCUAUCAAGUCGUUCAUAUACAAGUUGAACAGUUUCGGAGACGUAAGGCCCCCCUGUCUUACACCACAUUCAAGCCUGUACUCAGAAGAUAGUGACUUGGCCCACCUGACCUGGUUUGUUUGAUUUUGGUACCAAAACUUUAGCAAAUCUGUACAGUCAUUCGGUAUACCUGCCUCCUCCAUUUUCUUCCAAAGCAUAUUGUAAUUAACCCUGUCAAACGCUUUGGAGAGGUCGAGGAAGCAGGCAUAGAUUGGUGUUUUCCUGUCCGUGUAGUACCCGACAGUAUGCUUGAGACACAUAAUGGCACUUUCUGUAGAUAACCCAGUUCUGAACCCAAACUGGGUGUCAUAGAUACUUAGGUACUUAUCUAAUGAAAUGUAGCACUACCAAACUGAAUUUUGUAUGGAGGUGUAUUGUCAAAGUAAAUUUUGUAGUCAACUAAAUUUACUGCCAUCUUUCGACAACGGACUAAAACUCUUAGAAUGCCAUAUGGCUAUUGGAACCAUGUUCUUUCACUGAUAUCAAACGGUGUCGCCAUCUACUCGAGUGUAGGCCAAAGUUAUAUCGCAAUCUAUUCGAGCAUACAUUUUUCUUGAUUUUGCUACUACUUAUGUCACAACUGGGCCAUUCCGCGCUUCCCGGCUUUUCACGGAAACGUACGAACGUCAGUCUCAAUACAGUCACGUUUGAAAAUAUCGAUACAUACAAAGUGCCUAAAAAAAGAGCUGGUGGCCUAGCGGCGAGAGCGUGCGACUUGCAAUCCGGAGGUCGCGGGUUAAACCCCGGUUCGUACCAAUGAGUUUUUCCGAACUUAUGCACGACAUAUCAUUUGAUAUUUACCAGUCGCUUUUUGGUGAAGGAAAACAUCGUGAGAAAACCGGACUUAACCCAAUAAGGCCUAGUUUAUCCUCUGGGUUGGAAUGGUAUGCGAAUUCUGGGGAUUAGUCCGGAUAAAAAAUAACCAACAUAGAUCUAAAAUGCACUUUAAAAAGAGAGUGAAAAACAUGAACUUACAGGGCCUUAAAGAGCGACGUAAAAGUUUUUUUAUCGAUCACAUACAUUCCAAUCCAGUUUCAACCUUAACACGUCAAUAGGCAGGUCCACAUACAAUUUCCUAGCGAACAAAACGACCAGUGUCGACGUGCCUCGGCCGAGGCAAAGCGCACGUUUUCCUCGGGCGAGCGCGACCUUGGCCCAGCCGCUCGGUGUCGGUUUUUUGGCAUGCUCAAAAGCGCCUCAGUCGUUUGCCGCGCGCUGUUUGUUUGGUGCGCGUGGUUAUUUAUUUCGAUCCGUACAUGAAAUUGGAAAAAAUUAAUGAAUGAAGCAAAUACAUGAUAUGGGAUGCUAGAGAUCCCAACUAUACGAAUAGGGGAAUUAGAGAGGAUUGAUGUUUAAUUUGAUUGUAAAUUUUAUAAAUAGACGGAGACGUAUGAGUCUUCCAUCGCUAAAUAUCGCUUCGUGGGAAGCACCACCGCCCUGAAAGUGAUACCUUUCUUCAAUUUGUAUCUUGCCAUUUAAGUUUUACGUGUAAUUGUGAACAUAACAAGUCGAAUCGUUCUAUUUUUUAAUGAGUUUAAAAUUCGUCUUGACUCCAUUUUCUAAUCUCAAAAAAACCGAUUUCCGUAUCGUUAUUGAUAUU